CCACUGUUCGCUUUACUCCAUAUUGCCUUUCUAUGUGUCGUGAACCAAAGAUUCCUGCAAAAUUGCCUGCAUGUGCGAGCAAUUUUUGGCCAUUUCAUGCGGAGCCACGCAGCCGAGUGCCAUCCCUGUAUGCAGUGUACGAAAGACUUUCGCCUAACUUACCUUAGGUCCCCUGGCCAGAGACGCGUACCUGAAAAUCUCUGGGCGCGCUAUAGGUGCCUUAGGCCGUCGGCAGACAUUUCCAGGUACCAGCUUGCAGCCGAACAAGGGGCUUUUGGCGCCCAACGAGGCCUGGCUUCGCCCCAGAAUGCAGCAGAGCAACCAGGCUCAAAGUCAAGGUCCUCAUUCGUCACCUAUAUAAUUACGUCAACUUUGUGAAUGACUUCAUACCCUUUGCUCAUUCUCCCUGCGAUUCCGACACUUGAAGCUGCACGCAGACUGCAUUUUUCCGCUGUCCGUGGAUGCUCUACGCCCUCAAAUUUCUACAUUCGACACUCUGCUCGAGAUUGCGAUACAUGAGUCCUGCUCAACACCGUUGAGACAUCAUGGUUCGCUUCACGGGCGGCCUGCUGUUGUUCUCAGCAUGCGCAGCCGCGGCGCCGCCAAAGUACCCUUCCAACGGCCAAGGGAACCAACAGGCCGUGUUCAAGUCACUGGAGCCGCAAUCGAAUCCUAGAAAGUUACAGGGAAAAUUCCUCCACAUCACAGACAUCCAUCCCGACCCUUUCUACAAGCUUCAUUCAAACCCAUCCCAUGCUUGCCACACUGGUAAAGGCGAAACUGGCUACUUUGGUGCCGAAGUGACAGACUGCGACACGCCUUUCUCCUUGGUCAACGCGACCUUUAGAUGGAUUGAAGAGAACAUCAAAGAUGAGGUUGAUUUCGUGAUUUGGACUGGCGAUUCGGCGCGGCAUGACAAUGAUGUAAAACAUCCGAGAUCAGACAAGCAGGUCAUCAGGCUCAACAAGUUUAUCGUGGACAAGUUUGUUGAGACCUUUGGAAAAUCCGACAACAUCGACGAUCCCGAUCCGACCAACGACUUUGUCGUUCCUAUUGUCCCUACCAUCGGCAACAACGACAUCCUACCCCACAAUAUCUUUUCAGCAGGUCCGAAUAAGUGGACUCGCACUUACAGCAGUAUAUGGAAUAAGUUUGUGCCGGAAGCGCAAAGACAUUCAUUCGAAAGAGGAGGAUGGUUCUUUACCGAAGUUAUACCCAAUAAAUUGGCAGUCAUCAGUCUGAAUACGCUAUAUUUCUUUGACUCGAACUCGGCUGUGGAUGGCUGCGAGUUAAAGUCAGAGCCAGGCUACGAGCACAUGGAGUGGCUGCGAAUCCAGCUCCAGUUCAUGCGCGAACGAGGAAUGAAAGCCAUUCUGAUUGGUCAUGUACCGCCAGCAAGGACCGGGAGCAAGCAGAAUUGGGACGAGAGUUGUUACCAGAAAUACAAUUUGUGGAUGAGGCAGUACCGUGAUGUCAUCGUCUCUUCCAUGUUUGGCCACAUGAACGUCGACCAUUUUAUGUUUCAAGAUGUGAAGGAUCUGACAUACAAGUUCAAGAUCGACGGUAUUGAUGACGAAUUCACAAGAUCUGACUUUGGUGAUGCCGACCCGAACAAUGAGACACUGUCAAUUAGCGCCAAAACAGCAUACCUCAACGAACUGAGAGCCGACUGGGCCACACUACCCAAACCUCCUGCUGGCCACUCUUACCAAUUAGACACACCUCAGGAUACUGUGGAUACUGAGAAGAAGAAAAAGAAAAAGAAAAGGCCAGACGACAAGGACGAAUUGGAUGAAUUCCUAAAAGCCAUUGGCGGACCCUGGGGUGAGAGAUUCAGUCUGAGUUUGGUGUCACCGAGUGUGGUUCCGAACUUUCUCCCAACUCUUCGGGUAAUAGAGUAUAACAUCACCGGUCUCGAAAAGCACCACCCGGCUGUCGGGGCCAUAGGCACACCCGCAGACAAGACGGUUGAAGAUAUGCUCUGCGAAGGGAGCAACGAUGAACAAGAAGCAUUCGAGGGUGAUACCGAAGGUGGGAUGCAGGAUCUGAAAAAGAAGAAGAAAAAGAAGAAGAAGGGCAAAAAGAAACCCAAAUUCCACGUGCCGAAACCCCCUUCCAAAUCGUCUCCUCCUGGCCCAGGCUACUCAGCACAGCCGCUUUCUCUCGUUUCCUGGACACAGUAUUAUGCCAACCUGACCCAGGUGCACGAGGAGAUGGACAAGGCAGGAAACAAAAAACAGAAAGAUCCGUAUCACUACUUUGAUUAUCAAGUCGAGUACGACACGAAGAAUGACAAUGCUUACGAGAUGAAUGAUUUGACCAUGCGGUCAUGGCUAGAUCUUGCCGAGAGGAUAGGCCGCAAGAACUUGUCCAAAUCCAAAUAUGAUGCGUUGGACAUGACCGAUAAUGACGAGGACGGUCCAUCCGAGCUAGAGCCACAGGCGUCUAGGAAACCCAAAGGCCAAGGAAAGGGAAAAAAGAAUCAUCCAAAGACGACGAAAAACCAUCUAUGGAAGACUUUUAUCAAGAGGGCAUUUGUGCAUACGAAGCCCGAUGAUGAAAUUGAACAGGACUUUGGUUGAUCUCUCGGGACGAGGAUGUGGAUUGAGUGUAUGAAGUCGAGAAGAAAGUUGAAUGCCCUGCUCCCCCUUGUAUUUCUAUGUACUACGGAGUACCUUUUGCAUUAUUAUCGGAUGGGGGGUUGGGUUUCAACUAGCGAGCAUAUUGACGAUGUUAUGAGAUAUGGUAAUGUCGAAAAAUACCAGGUACCCUAAUAUACCGAGUACCUACUUGGAGUUCAGGUUUGGGAUAUUCAUAAAAUUUUUUGGUGAACAAUAUGUUCAAAAAUCUACUUCGGCAUGUUCU